CAAGACUUGUAUGACUCGAUCCAAUCAAACGGAUUCCUAUUAACGGUAUUCCGCUAUAAGUUUACGGAACCGGAGAUCGCGUUGAACUCAUUGAACAGAAAGUCAUUUCUCAAUAAUAAUGAACUGAAACUACGUUUAGAAAAAUUCGUGACAAUUGCCAAAAGUGUUGGUUUUCGUCUAAUAUGCAAAAAGUGCGAUAAAAUAGGAACGCAAUGGUUUGGAGUAUUGCAGGAAAGGGUGAUUGAGGCCAAGGAGGCGGACAAUCAAACGGAUAACGUAUGGCUGAUUGCAAACGACUCGUCCAUUAAUGGGAUAAUAGGUCUCAUGAAUUGCUUACGAUUAGAGCCGGGAGGAGGGAACUGGAGAUAUAUUUUCAAUUACGACAGCACUGGUAGUCCAAUGGAUAUAGACUUCAAUGUCAGCCCUUAUAGCGAUAUAUUGGCCAACGAUUUGGUGGCGAAUAUAAACAACAGACAUACCGUUCCUAUUUUAUCGCACUUUUUGCAUAUUAGACGAAAACCAACACUUUUGGUGGCGAAUGUCGUGAAAGAGGGAAAAGUGGGAACUUAUCGACACUUAAGACUUCCCACGGAUUACGACAAAUGCCUCUCAAAUGACUAUCACUUGAAUUCAUCAAAAAUGGGUGAUUUGGGAGGCAUUAAGUGGUAUGACUCUCGGAAUAUACACCGGGUUAAUGAAAUAUGGGGAAUUAAUAAUCAAAAAUUGAGCAUGGCGAGAGUAGAAAUCUAUUACUCUGGUAUCACAUUUAAGGAUAUCAUGUUGGCAACUGGUCGUAUACCGUCUGGCUCUGCACAAUUAUUCACCGACUGCUCAAUUGGUUGUGAAUACACCGGUCGUAGGGCCGACACGGGUGAACGUGUGAUGGGUCUGGUGGGAGGCCGUUCAAUCGCCACCUCUAUUAACGCCAAUAUCUCGGGUAUGACUAAAAUACCCGACCACUGGUCUAUGGCUGAGGCGUCCACUAUUAUGAACAAUUAUGGCACCCUUUGGUAUGGACUCAUAAAACGUGCCAAUUUGAAGAAAGGCGAAAGCAUUUUAAUACAUUCGGCGGCGGGAGGUAUCGGACAGUCGGCUAUCAAUAUCUGCAAACACUAUGAGUGCGAUAUCUAUGUGACGGUCGGCACGGAUGAGAAAAAACAGUUUCUUAUGAAUGAGUAUAACAUACCGGAGAAAAGGAUACUGAACUCGAGGGACAUUUUGUUCAAGAAUCAGGUCUUAGAGUUAACGAAUGGAAAGGGAGUCGAUAUUGUCAUCAACUCGUUAGCCGGAGAGAAACUGGAUGCUAGCUAUGAGUGCCUGGCUAAUUGUGGCAGAUUUAUAGAGAUCGGGAAGUUUGAUAUGCUUCAGAACAAGAAGCUGGGUAUGUUUGACUUCCUGAGGGACAUACAGUUCAUUGGUGUGGGGUUUGAUGUCGUCAAUAUGGAGAACCCAAAUUUGUUGCAAGACUUUUACAAUUGGAUGCAUAAGAACUGUACGAAUGGUUGCGUAAAACCAUACAAUUAUACCCUUUAUAACGCCUCGGAUGCGGAUAAGGCCUUCAGAUUCAUGACAACCGGUAAACACAUCGGGAAAGUAGUGCUGAAAAUUAGAGACGAAGAGACGGAUAGACAGCCACUGAAAGCUAUUAAACCGGCCGUCAAUAUGAUGGUUACGGUUAAGACGUAUUUCAAUCCAAACAAAGUCUACAUAAUAACUGGAGGUUUGGGUGGGUUUGGUAUGGAAUUAGUUCCCUGGAUGAUAUAUUACGGUGCGAGAAAGUUUGUGGUGACCUCGCGGUCAGGGCUCACAACUGAUUAUCAGAAAUAUAUAUACAAUCGGUUCCAAAGAGUUUGUAAAAAUUAUAAAUAUUUCUCAUCCGAUUGGGUCGUGUCGACCGCCAAUGGGCUUACUAUUGAAGGCACACAACAACUCCUAAAAGAGGCCCAAAAGUUGGGUCCCAUUGGAGGGGUAUUUCAUUUGGCGCUUGAAUUGAAUGACUAUUUGAUAGAGAAGUUAACGUUAGAUAAGUUUUACUCGACUAUUGAUACCAAACAUAAAAUAUUUGCAAAUUUGGAUCAAUUGACCCGAAAAUUGGACUAUAAUUUGGAUUAUUUUGUCGUAUUUUCAUCGCUGGCCUGCGGUAAGGGAAAUGGUUGUCAAACUAACUAUUCGUUUGGGAACUCUAUGUGUGAACGUAUUUGUGAACAACGCCGGAGGGAUGGCUUACACGGACUGGCCGUACAGUACGGACCCAUCGAUGAUGUCGGAGUGUUUGAUGUCUCGGAUGACUGGUUGUCGAUGUCUUCAAUAAGGAAACAGCGGAUCCACUCGUGUUGCGAUGUUUUGGACAAAUUGUUGGCAAUUAAACAGCCGAUAGUCACGUCAUAUAUUAAAGCUGACCAAAUCAAAAAUUAUGGGUACUCGAUCCCUGGUUUGGCGACUGAAUUGUGGCGAAGCAUAGGCAUAGACCCCGAGACCACACCUAACCACCUAACCCUGGGUGAAAUUGGGUUGGAGUCCAUAUUUGCCAAUCAACUACAACAGGACUUGGAAAGAGAGUGGAAAAUUAAAAUCACCCUGAACCAGAUCAAAAGUAUCACAAUAGGCUUAUUAAAGGACUACGAGGCUGGUAACGUGGAUAAUAUUAAGGCACAUAUCGACGACAUUAAAAGGUCCAAGGCUAAAUUGUUGAAUCAAAAGUUCGUAAUGCCAACCGAAAAGUAUGAGCGUCUGAAUACCGUAACCAAGGGUCGACCCGUUUAUAUAAUGCCAACCCUAGGCCUCAACUUUCAAAUAUUUGGUGACUUAGCUCACAAGUUGACGCGUCCAGUGAUUGGUCUAAAUUGGGCCAGGGAGGUUAGCCAACUUACCACUCUCAAAGACAUUAACAAGUAUUACGUUGAUUUAUUGCAACGCCUGGAGCCAAAGGGCCAGUACGAUGUGGUCGGUUAUUUCGAUAUGUCUAUAGUUUGCGCUAAAUUAUUGCUGAAAGGAAUGGUAGAUAAGGCGGUUAUUGUGGACAUCAUUAGUGAUCUACAUUUUUGUGGUGAACAGCUUUCCGACGACCUAAUACUAGAGCUGAUGCUGCAGUUAAUGGCCAGUUAUAUACCGGAGUUAUUCAGACAGAAAAUACUCAGAGAUUUUAAAAAGGAGCCUGAUAUUAACGCUAAGGUGCGGUUUAUUGUCAAUGAGAUCCUGGAGUUUGCCGGCAAAGGACUACAGGCGCCCGAUAUGGAGGAGAUAUUUCACGUAAUGAUAGCCCGGAUUCGUAUGCUAUCGGAGUAUAGACUCAAUAAACACAAGAAGUUUUCAAAUCGACUGAAACUCGCGAUCGCAAAGAAAUGGACGAAAAGAACGGGGAAAUUGGUUUUCAUUAAACCGGUUGUGUUUGAUGGCGUCGAUGAUGUGGAUGAGCUGAUGGAAAAGUCAAGGGAUUUGUAUUUCAUACCCGGCUCAAAUGAUGGACAGCAUAAUAUCGAGAUGAAUACCGUCCACACUAUGAGCGCUAUGGACGUGAUGGUCGGGGAGGUCGUCUCAAAAAUAAUCGCAGCUCUUAAAUAAAUAAAUUAAACUAAAUAUAUAACCUGGUUCAAAAUAAACUAUAUUAUAUUUUAAAUGGUUUUGCUUUUAAUAA